AUGUCUCCCCCCGGGUCACCCAGAUUGAUAGACUCGUACACAGCUCCGAAGGAAAUUCUUCAAGAGUUUGCGGACCUUGCUGAAGAAGAAGAUGUUGAUCCUUUCGCAGAAACAGCCUCCAAGCGACAAAUUGCUGCUCGACAGUCGGAUUAUCAUAACCGUCGUUUCGCCCGCCAGAAUGAGGAGGGGAAGGAGGUCGAGGGUGGUUACAAAGAUGCUAUGAGGCUUUCUCGGUUGGAGCAAGAGGAGUUGAGGGUAAAGAAGGCGAUUGAAGAGAAGAAGAGGAAGGAUAGGGAGGACGAGAAAAUGAAGAUGGACUUGGACAAAACUCCCCCUGCCGCCGAGAUUGAAGCUGUCUCACGAGAGCUUGCCGCUGCGAAGGAGCUGGCAAAUAAGGAUGCAGGAAUGAAACGAAAGCGCAGAUGGGAUGUUUCUGAACCCUCGGACGAGAACGCAGACCCAAACCAGCGGGACACAGGUGAAUGGUCGAAGGAAGCUUUGGAGGCAUCUGCGCCCAAGAAACGACGGUCACGGUGGGAUGCGACCCCUGCUGAAGCCGCCGUUGGUGAGACCCCCAAACGGUCUCGUUGGGAUCAGACACCUGUCGCUUCAAAUGUGGACGUACCUAUGACCCCCAUUAUCAUGAACGCUCCAGGGUUUAUGCAGGAAGACAAACACAAUCGUUACCUGACUGACGAGGAACUCGAUGCCGUUUUACCUACGAGCGGCUAUGCCAUCGUCACUCCACCUCCAGGUUAUGCCCCCAUGGUCGCUCCCCGAAAAUUCAUGGCGACUCCCAUAACCGAGGUGGGAGGUUUCCAGAUCCAAGAAGGUUCUGACGCAGCUGCUGCGGCUGCCGCCGCCGGUCUCGCUCCAGAACUCCCUACAGAGAUUCCUGGGGUCGGUAACCUGGCCUUCUUCAAGGCUGAGGACGCCCAAUACUUUGCCAAAAUUCUCAAGGAGGAAGACGAAACGGAGUUGUCAGUGGACGAGAUGAAGGAGCGGAAGAUUAUGCGACUUCUUUUGAAAAUAAAGAACGGUACUCCCCCAGUCCGUAAAACAGCACUUCGUCAGAUCACGGACAAAGCUCGUGAAUUUGGCGCCGGCCCCCUUUUCGAUAAAAUUCUUCCUCUAUUAAUGGAGCGCACUCUCGAAGAUCAAGAGCGACAUCUUCUCGUCAAGGUUAUUGAUCGCGUAUUAUACAAACUGGACGACCUCGUUCGACCAUAUGUUCACAAGAUCCUCGUUGUCAUCGAGCCCCUCCUCAUUGACGAAGACUAUUAUGCCCGUGUAGAAGGCCGCGAGAUCAUUUCCAACCUUUCCAAGGCUGCUGGUCUUGCCCACAUGAUAUCGACAAUGCGCCCCGAUAUCGAUCACGCCGACGAGUACGUACGCAACACGACUGCUCGCGCAUUCUCCGUUGUCGCUUCCGCCUUGGGCAUCCCAUCUCUCCUUCCUUUCCUCAAAGCCGUCUGCCGUUCUAAAAAGUCAUGGCAAGCUAGGCACACUGGUAUCCGAAUUGUUCAACAAAUUGCGAUCAUGAUGGGCUGCGCGGUAUUACCCCAUCUUCGGAACUUGGUGGACUGCAUUGCGCAUGGUCUAUCUGACGAGCAGCAAAAAGUCAGGACUAUGACAGCUCUCGGGUUAGCCGCGUUGGCAGAAGCUGCUGCUCCUUACGGUAUCGAAUCCUUUGACAACGUCUUGAAACCUCUCUGGUUGGGCAUCCGUCUCCACCGCGGCAAAGGUCUUGCAGCCUUCUUGAAGGCUAUUGGCUUCAUCAUUCCCCUUAUGGACCCCGAAUACGCUUCUUACUACACCAAAGAAGUCACAGUCAUUCUCAUUCGUGAGUUCCAAACGUCUGACGAGGAGAUGAAAAAGAUCGUCUUGAAGGUUGUCAAACAAUGCGCCGCCACUGAAGGUGUAACCCCCCAAUACAUCAAAAACGAUAUACUUCCCGAUUUCUUCAAAGCAUUUUGGGUCCGUCGUAUGGCUCUAGACAGGCGGAAUUACAGACAAGUAGUGGAAACCACUGUCGAGCUUGCACAGAAGUCUGGUGUGGCUGAGAUUGUUGGGAGGAUCGUUAAUGAAUUGAAGGACGAAGCCGAACCCUACCGAAAGAUGGUAAUGGAGACCAUUACGAAGGUUGUUGCCACCCUUGGAGCCUCAGAUAUCGACGAGAGGCUGGAGGUUAGGCUGGUCGAUGGCAUCAUCUACUCUUUCCAAGAGCAGACAACGGAAGAUCAGGUCAUGCUUGAUGGUUUCGGGACUGUGGUAAACGCUUUGGGCAUCCGUGUCAAGCCUUACCUGACUCAAAUCGUCUCCACGAUUCUCUGGCGUCUCAACAACAAGAGUGCAAAGGUUCGGCAACAAGCAGCCGAUCUGACUACUCGCUUGGCUGUCGUAAUCAAGCAAUGCGGAGAGGAUCAGCUGUUGAGCAAGCUCGGCCUCGUGCUGUUUGAACAGCUGGGAGAAGAAUACCCAGAUACACUCGGAAGUAUCAUAGCCGCUGAAGGUGCCAUCGCAAACGUUGUUGGAAUGACCCAAAUGAACCCCCCCGUUAAGGAUCUCUUACCGAGAAUGACACCCAUUCUCCGUAAUCGACACGAGAAAGUACAAGAGGCGUCUAUCAAUUUGAUUGGUCGUAUUGCUGAUCGAGGUGCCGAAUUUGUGCCUGCACGAGAGUGGAUGCGUAUCUGUUUCGAGCUUUUAGAUCUUCUGAAGGCACACAAAAAAGGCAUCCGUAGGGCUGCUGUCAACUCCUUUGGCUACAUCGCGAAAAGUUUGGGACCCCAAGAUGUGCUCUCCGUGCUGUUGACGAACCUUCGUGUGCAGGAACGACAAAGUCGAGUAUGCAGUACGGUGGCUAUUGCCAUCGUGGCUGAAACUUGUGGACCGUUCACAUGCAUUCCAGCGAUUCUGAAUGAAUACCGAACUGCAGAGCUAAACGUGCGAACAGGUUGUCUCAAAGCCCUCUCCUUCGUUUUCGAAUACGUUGGUCCACAAUCGGCGUAUUAUUGUGACUCCGUGGUCACAAUGCUUGAGGAUGCUCUCACCGACAGAGACCUUGUCCACAGACAGACGGCUAGCACCAUCGUGAAGCAUCUUGCUCUAGGAGUUGCAGGUCUCGGUUGCGAGGACUCGAUGCUCCAUCUCAUGAACCUUGUGUGGCCCAACUGCUUCGAGACAUCCCCUCACGUUAUUGGAGCAGUGAUGGACGCGAUUGAGGCUAUGCGGGUGACGCUGGGACCGGGCGUGUUGUUGAGUUACGUGCUGCAGGGUUUGUUCCAUCCGGCCCGAAAGGUUCGCGAGGUUUACUGGCGUACUUACAAUGCGCUGUACCUUGGCGCGGAGGAUGCCCUGGUUCCCUUCUACCCUGAUUUGAGCGAACUCAGCGAAGGAAAAAAUGUUUAUGAUAGACAUCCUCUCCAAGUAUUUAUCUGAGUGUAUUGUACUUUUACCUAUACAAACGAAGGUUUUUGUUGACUUCGUC